AACACUGGGAGCUGUGGACCCCAUUGGAAUCCUAGCCGAGGAGAACUUAUAAUGGAACCUUCACCUCCUGAGUUACCAGAUAACACAGUCCGACGCAUCGCAUCUGAACUUAGAUGUCACCCAACAGAUGAGAGGGUUGCCCUCCGCCUCGAUGAGGAAGAUAAGCUGAGGCACUUCAGGGAGUGUUUUUAUAUUCCCAAAAUGCAGGAUCUGCCUCCAAUUGAUUUAUCUUUAGUGAAUAAGGAUGAAGAAGCCAUCUAUUUCUUGGGAAAUUCUCUUGGGCUUCAACCAAAAAUGGUUAAAACAUAUCUGGAAGAAGAACUAGAUAAGUGGGCCAAAAUGGGAGCCUAUGGUCAUGAUGUAGGGAAACGUCCUUGGAUUAUAGGAGAUGAGACUAUUUUAGGACUUAUGACUGACAUUGUAGGAGCCAAUGAGAAAGAAAUAGCCCUAAUGAAUGGUUUGACUGUUAAUUUACAUCUUCUAUUGUUAUCGUUUUUCAAGCCUACACCCAAACGGUAUAAAAUUCUCCUAGAAGCUAAAGCCUUCCCUUCAGAUCAUUAUGCUAUUGAGUCACAGCUUCAACUUCAUGGACUUAACAUUGAGAAAAGUAUGCGGCUUAUAAAACCAAGAGAGGGGGAAGAAACACUGAGAUUAGAGGAUAUCUUUGAAGUAAUUGAGAAUGAAGGUGACUCUAUUGCAGUGAUCCUGUUCAGUGGUCUGCAUUUUUAUACUGGCCAGCUCUUUAAUAUGCCUGCCAUCACAAAAGCCGGACAAGCAAAGGGUUGUUUGGUUGGCUUUGAUCUGGCACAUGCAGUUGGAAAUGUUGAACUCCACUUACAUGAGUGGGGAGUUGAUUUUGCCUGCUGGUGCUCCUACAAGUAUUUAAAUGCAGGAGCAGGAGGUCUUGCUGGUGCCUUUGUCCAUGAAAAGCAUGCCUAUACAAUUAAACCUGCGUUAGUGGGAUGGUUUGGCCAUGAAUUAAGCACCAGAUUUAAGAUGGAUAACAAACUGCAGUUAAUCCCUGGGGUCAAUGGAUUCCGAAUUUCAAAUCCUCCCAUUCUAUUGGUCUGUUCCUUACAUGCUAGUUUAGAGAUCUUUAGGCAAGCAACUAUGAAAGCACUGAGGAGAAAAUCUAUUUUGCUAACUGGUUAUCUGGAAUACAUGAUCAAGCAUCACUUCAGCCAGGAUAAAGCAGAAACCAAGAAAACAGUUGUGAACAUAAUUACUCCAUCCCGUAUAGAGGAUCGUGGCUGCCAGCUAACCCUAACAUUUUCUAUUCCAAUUAAAUAUAUUUUCCAAGAAUUAGAAAAAAGAGGAGUGGUUUGUGACAAACGGGAUCCAAAUGGGAUUCGAGUGGCUCCAGUUCCUCUCUACAAUUCUUUCCAUGAUGUUUAUAAAUUUAUCAAUCUGUUCAUUUCUGCACUUGACUCUGCAGAAACAAAAAUAGCCGAGUUUUCCAUAGGAACUUAAGCAAAUAAUAUGGAAAGCCUGUGGUUAUUUUAUUACUAUUAUUCAAGUUUUAAUUAUUUCAAAACUGAUUACACAUAACUGGCAAUGAAUUGUAUACUUUACAGAAAAACAAGACAAUUUUUUAAGGGCCUGUGGCCUUGAGAUAUCUGCAUGGCUGUCUAAUUUCUUGGUGUUUGGUGGAUCAAAGUCUUUACUGGUGCAAGUAUUAUGUACACAGUCUUGAUUAGCUGUCAUAUUUCAUUGUUAAUGAAAUGUGUUUUGUUGGUUUAAUUUAUAAUUUGACUGACAACUUCACAAUGUAUGUGGAAAUUUUUGUGUCAAUUUUAGAAAUAUUACUUUUAUUUUAAUUUACCAAAGAGUUUCUUAUAGGCACUGU